CAUUCAUUCAGCUGAUAUCAUAUGGACAAAGAAAGAUGAUUAUCCUGGAAUACUAUGCUAAAAUUAUUUGAAAUAGGUUCCGCGCCAAUCGAUUGGUGCGAAAGAAACUAUGCAGUCUCAGGAUUUAUAGCCGAAUUCUUUAAUACGAUUAGCAACAUUCUCUUUUUUAUACUGCCACCAAUCUUGAUAUAUCUUUUUCUGCCAUAUGGCAAAAAGUUCAUGCAAUCUAUCCAUAUUGUUUGGAUAUUGUUAGUUGUAGUUGGUAUUUGCUCAACUUAUUUUCAUGCUACACUUAGUUUAGCUGGACAAUUAUUGGAUGAAUUGGCUAUUUUAUGGGUAAUUCAUGUGGGUUUUGCAUUAUGGUUUCCAAAAAGAUUAUUUCCUUCAAUAUUUCAGAAUAAUAGAAAUUACUUUCAAUGGUUGAUAUUUGUUAUCGGGGUUCUAUCCACUUGUUUGGCAUGCGUAAACCCAGCUGUGAAUGCAUUUGUUUUGAUGUGUUUUGGUAUACCUGCAACAAUUUUGUUGAUUAUAGAAUUAAAAAGAUGCGAUUGUCGUAAGGUUUACAAGCUAGGCAAGAGGUCUAGUUUGCUGUGGGGUCUAGCUCUGACCUCGUGGAUACUCGAUCGAUCACUAUGCCACCCUUAUUUGUCAAAGUCAUUUCCUUAUCUGCAUUCCUUAUGGCAUGUAUUGAUCUUGCUGGCCACUUACGGUGCCUGUGUUCUAUUCGCUUAUUUUCACGCCAAACACGAAGCCCCUUCUGACCUGGGCAUGCCUGUCCUCAGGUAUUGGCCUUCAUCAUCGGGCGGUAUAUCAAAAAUGGACUUUAUGAAUGUAGAUGGGCAUCGAAGUCAUAAGAUAAAUCACGAAUCCUUCAUGAAAUUUCGAUAUCCGCUAUCCCAGUUUAAAUACUUAAAUAAAAUGGCUUCAUUAUGGCGUAAGAUUUCGAGUAGUGAAAUAGGUAGAGUGCCUUACGUUACCUUCGUUUCUUCAUUACUACCUCCCUUUUCCGUAAAAUGCUGCGAAUCAAAUGGGGCCAUAAAAAAUAGAAAUCAUCAAGCUUUAGAUUUUCAUACUUACAAUAGCGAAUCGGGGAUAAGGUUUAAUGCCUGUGAUCUCAAAAAACAUUUAGAAUGUUUGUGUUCAGGCUGCCUAUACGACAUCUAUUCUAUAUCUACGAAUGAUCUAAACGGACUUAACAAACUUCAAAAAACGCAAAAGUUCUGUAAUAAUCGAUUACGACAAUUUUAACAAUGGUGGAUUCUUAAACAAUGCAAAUCAUUAUUGAUGACAAAAAUAAUUUACUAUUUUUUUAAUUAUAUAUGCAAUUUUUAAAUUAUCAUUUGAUAAUGUUUAUAAUUGCACAAAUAUAUAAAUAUAUUUUGAUCUGAUCUAAUAUAUAUCAAUUUUUUUAAAUGUAAUAUGUUCAACAU